AUGAUGUUGCGCACGAUAUACCCGCUUAUUUGAGAUAUGCUGAUAGGUACACAAUUAAUCUUUGGGAUAAAAAAUUGAGAAACUUCUCCACCGGCCUACAAGGAAAAUGUUACCCCUAAAACAGGGUGCACUACUCUUUUAACUCUCUGGAGGGUUGUAGUGAUAAGUAAGAGCUCUCGAAAUGAGUUUUGGAAUGUUUCCCAGACGACCGUCCCUGUGUUCUCUAUUCCUCAUCUUACUUGUCCUCGCAGUUCUAUUGGUCACGCUGUACAAUGAUGGAGCCGUACACAAUCGUCACGGUUCGGCAAGUGAUAAUGGGCUCAAUAGCAGGGUCUUGAAUAUUCAACAGAAAGUUUUAUCAAAGUUUGAACAGGGAACAUACAAAGGGAGGAAGCAGAGCAAUGACAAACCAAGCAGAACAAUGGUCAAGAGCAAUAGCAGCGAGGACUCCUACCUUCCGUCAUCGAGCGAUUUCUCGGACGCAGAGGUCAAAGAGCGACCCAGCGACCUCACGGGAGACAACGCCAGAGAGGUCAGGGUGUCCUCGGAUGACAAUCCUCGGGAAUCUGAAGGUCACCGGGAUCGUGUCCAGGAGGAUGGCCCUGCUAAUGUCCAGGAGGAGAGCCAGUCGGGUGCCAAGAUAGAUGCGCAGAAGGGUUCGUCGGAAGUAGCCAACAACCAUGCCCGAGUCCUCAAGUCACACACCAAGAUGCAAAAGCUUGAAGAGCUGGAGCCGAAGCAGGAGAUAAAUAAGUCAGCAAGACCAAUGGAUUAUGGGAAGAAAAGAACUUUCUUGCACGAAUGGAAUGAAUUUGAUGACUCGGCAUGGAAGACAUUGCCAUUGGUUGCCAGUCAAAAUGAUAUAGAGACGCAAAAGGGAGUUGCAGUUAUAUAUAACCGAGUUGGUAAAUGCGGGAGCAGAUCAGUUCUAGGGGUCUUGAGGUCGCUAGCACUGAAGAACCAUUGGCAUUUAGUGUCUUCCCAAGUUUUUAAUAGGACUAGAAUAAGUUCUACAUAUGAGGCAAAACUAGUAUCCACCUUAAAUCGAGUACAAAGGCCGUACCUGUACCAAAGGCAUCUUUACUUUGUGGAUUUCCGUAGAUACGGAGCAGCGCAACCAAAGUACAUUAACAUCAUACGCGAUCCCCUGUCACGGAUGGUGUCUCAGUAUUAUUUUCAGCGUUUCGGAGAUGGGAAGAGCGAAGACCGGAAUUACCAGGGAGAUGCUAUGCAUCAGACGUUUGACGAAUGUGUAUUGCAGAACAAAGUUGAAUGCUACGGACCCAGAACCUUUUACAUCGUGCCAUACUUCUGUGGGCAGGAUUCUAGAUGCAGAGAGAAAACAAUGUGGGCCGUGGAAGAAGCGAUACGCAACGUCAAGGACAACUACGUGGCAGUGGGACUUCUGGAAGAACUUGAAGAUACUUUGAAGGUCUUUGAGAAGUUAGUCCCUGAAUUCUUUGAUGGUGUAUUAGAUAUCUACAAGACUUCAGUGUUAGGGGAAGCACGGUACAACAUUACAGCAAUGACAACAAAACACAAGGUUCCGCCAUCUCCACAGGUCGUCAAGAAAAUGAAAAGCGUCUUGAAGUUGGAAUACAUCUUUUACGACUUUAUCAAGACGAGAUUUCACAUGCAGAAGAGGGAACUCGGGAUUUCGUAGUACAGCUUGAAGCACACAGCGGUGGGUUGUCACAUAGUUAUUCGUAAUUGGUUGGGAACCAUGAUCAACUGCCAUGGCCUCGUUUCAUAGAGCGCUGCAACAGGGCUGAGCAGCCAAUCACAAUCCAGGUUUCCAUGGAACUUACAAUCAUUGUAAGUCUCUAGGAAGUGAGCCCCUGGGGAACUUCUCAAUACAUUCUUAAGUCGGGUUUAAUUUAAACUCUGGUUUAAAGUUGUGGUUUUAACUAUGGAAAGCCGACUGUGACAUAAAUAUCUGACAAUAGAAGUUCAAUGAAUCAGCUAAUUCGACUCUCAAAUCAUUCUAAACUCUCUGGAAAAUAUUAAAAACAUAAUUGUCUUCAUCAUGAAAGAAUUAGGGAAGACCACAGUAGACAUGAGAAACAUGCAAUAUAAACAGAAUUUUUACAUUUUUGGCUUCCCAUAAUUGUAGCACAGAGUAAGACCAUGGUAAACCCGAUUUCAGAAUACGGGCUUAUGUAUUUGUUUCCAAAAGUUGAAAGAUUAAAAUUAUUUUUUAUAAGAAUCAAUCACUCUACAAUUUAAAACAAGAAUGAAUAUGCAGGUCGUAAGUAUUCUUAACUUUCCAAAGAACUUGAUGAGUGCCAAAAAAGAUGAACAUGCAUUGCAGAGCAUUUUAUUUUGUUAAAUAAAAAACAAAAAACAGGAGUGUUUAUACAUGUACCCUUUUUACUGGAGGUUAAUUGUCCAUUGCUUGUAAACUGACUGAUCAGUACUUGAGACUGCAUUUUUUAAUUAGUAAAAAUAAAUCAUAAUACUGACUAUACUGAUGUUCUACUUAUAAUUCUCUACUUUAAAACUUUACAAUAGGCACCUUUAUAUUGGGAAAGAUGAAAAGCAAUCAAGCUCAGUGCUGUAAUUGCAACAAAAUCGGAUGUAUAAUAAAGGAAAGUUAUCACAUUUAUAUUUUUUGCUUAAUUUCACAAAGCAGUUAUAUGCACAUCCUGAUUUGUUUGUAAAUGACAGAACCAAUGUCAUGUUGGCAAAACUUGAAAUAUAGUUAUUUAAACAUUGACAUACAAAAGAGACCGUGAGUGACAUCAAAUCUCUCAUCAGCAUAACACUUUUCUGUGCAUAUGAUUCUCACUGAAAAAUCAGCGAAACUUCAAACUGUCAUAACUUUCUUAUUACAUGUAUUUCAAAUCCAAUUUUGUUUAAAUUUAAAUGUGUUUUUUCUCUUUUUCUUCAAAUCAACUUUUUGUUAGGAUGGACUGGCCCUUAUAGCGCAGUCACAUUUCGCCAACGAUGACCGUAUGGCGAGUUGAAACACAGCCUUUUUUUAUAAUUUUUGUACCAGCUUUCUGUUUGUGGUUCAUAUAGAGAUCCGCACAACGGCUGUUUUCAACUCACCAUGCGGACACUGUACGGGCAAUGUGACUGUUGCAUUAGCAAAUAGGGGAUAUAGAACUGGAGUGAUAGAGAGAGCUGGGGAGUAUUUCGGGAAACAAAUAGUAAUUUUCACCUGUUGUAAGCUACUGAAAUUCUUGCACCUCAUUGGCUCAGAAUAGUCAGGUGACAAUCGCAGAUUAUUGGCUUCAUGAAACGCCCCCAGAAUCUCCACUCUAAGAUAUGGUGCAGACUUUAAAGAUAAAUUCCAGUUGUGGGGACGAUCUCAAAAUGACUUUUUACAGAAUUUAAUAUAAUGAUCACCAAAGUGUCUGUUUGUAUGGAUAAAAAAUAUAUAAAGGAUUCUGGAAGAAAUCGUGUAAUUGCUGAGAAAUAAGCAAAAUAAGCGCGGAUUCUGUCACUUCCGUCGGGUCUUUAUUCCAGCAAUAAUAAUACACUGUCCCACGUGUGCCUAUCUGUGUUGGCGAUCUUCAGUGUGAUCGUUUUUAGCUUAGAUAUUAUGAUUUCACAAAGUUCAGUUUAUGUAACUGUACCAGAUCUAGAUCCACGAUGAUAUAGUAAUACUUAACCUUGGUUUUACAGACUUUUCUCACGAAAUCAGUAUUUUACUGCAACUACUGUCAUUUAGCUUUAAGGGUGCCUCAUUCAUACUGUGUACUUAAUUUUCCUAUACAUUUAAUUAUAUAUUUUUUAUAUUGUAUAUAUAUUCUCAUACCCCCUAUACUUAAUCUUACAUGCUCAGUGGUACAUAUAAUUGGUAUCUACUUUAAAAAUGCGCAAGAAAAUGAUGAUGC